GGGUCACAGAAUGCGGUUGCACACUAAGCCGGAAGUUGUGGAAUGGAAUGUUAAUAAAUGGACAGAACACUUUGGUGUUAUCGGAAUUCUGAUAUACCGCAGGUAAAUCGUUGUUAAUAUAGCCGCGAGCCACCCUUUGAAUUAGUGGCGGACUGACGAGUACCGAUCAUCUGACAUUCUAGUUCCUCUAAGCAUAUCCGGCCAGGUUAAUGGAGGGAGCUUUUGUAUGUUGCACAUUCUCCAAAGUGUUUGGAGCCUUUGUGGACAAUAUGACAUACGGUCAGUUUGGGACCGACACCUUGAUAAAUAGGCGGUGUCUUGCGAGGUUUAUAGAAAUGAAAGUGCACCAUGCCUGUCACAUUAAGCAUCAUAGGAAAUAUAAACAGCAGCACCCAGUCUGCCAUAUGUUUGACAUGACUGGCUGAACAUGGUACAUCUAGAGAAUGAUAUGCAAAUAUGAGCUGAAAAAGACUGUUUAGGCGGCUGUGUAUGAUUUGACACACAAUGGAAUUGUGAAAAUCCAUAUAUAACAACUGUAGCUUCUGUUACAUUUCUGACUGAUUUGCAGGGAUGCCCCUUCUCCGCUCUGCCAGUGACAUUCACCCUUAUUGCUAACUCGCCAUUGCAGAACUUUUCAUGGGCGACUCCUUGGCUUUGGAACAGCCUGCCUACCCCAUCACGCAUCCCUAGUCUUCAAUUAUUUAAGAAGUCCCUCAAUACACUUCUGUUCAGAAAUGCUUAUGGCCUCCCAGAGUAACUCUGUCACUUAUCUGUCUCUUGCUCUCCUAAAGAGCCACACUCCAUGCACCUCCAGUUCUGCUAAUUUCCCACCUUAUUUGGUUACUUUCCCUCUUGCUGCCCUGUUGAGAUUUUAUAUCCCACCUCCUCUAGACUGUAAGCUUGCUUGAGCUCUGUUGUGCCUGUAUCAUUUUGUAAUUUUUGUUUAUUGUUAAAUCUCACCCUUUUCACAAUAUUGUAGAGUGCUGUGUAAUACCAAUACCGAUGCCAAUAAUAACAAUGACUUUGUUUUAUAAACACACAUCAAUAUUCCGUUGUAGACAAGAGCUACCUCUAAAAGUUGGAUUCUUAAUUAACUAAGAGUAGAAAUACCAAUAGAAGGUAAGGAUUUUAUGAAGCAUGUGCUAUUGAUUCCUUUCAAAGACUAAUUUUGAAAGCCUGUGCCCCCGCCCCAUUUGAUCAGUUGGGUGUAGGGUAGCAAUAUCUGCAAUGUCCACAUCACGCUUCAUUUUGUUAAUGCUAAAGGAAGUUGCUGCCAUGUAGUGCCAUGCAGUUUCAUGUUGCAGUGAAUGGACACACCAAGCUGGAAUUGACUCACUUGUGUUAUGCAUAAUAUUAAUAAUGUAUUAAAAUGUGGAGAAAAGAAGAUACAAUUCUUUCCCGCAGCUUCAGCAUUUGCACAGGCAAACAAACACGGGUGAGGUUCUGCCGAUAAAGACCUCACUUUCAGGUCUUGAUCUUACCAUAUAAACCUCUGCCCAGCAGAGAUUUUAUAGAAUAUGUAGAUAUCAGCAUCAUCAGUUCCACUUAUCAGAUAAUAUGAGAGAAAAUGCAAAAUAAGCUUGUAGCAGUCAUAAUGCAACUGGUUUUAGUCUAUUGGGACAACUUUCUACUGAUCUACCAACCACACACAUGCACAGCUGUGGCCCUCUCAAAGUUUGCACAGGCAGAGGAAGAUGUACAGUAUAUACUCCUCUCUGAUCCUUCCAAAGAAUAAGCAGGGUAAUAGCAGACUUUUGGUAUUAUCAACUGUGUGCAGUGACCAUAAAUUAUGAUGCUUGGAAUGUCAAUGUAACUAUAAAGUUUCAUGAAGGUAUGUACAUUUGGAAUUACUCUUUGAUUAAAUGAUUACAGAACAAGAAGUUACAUAUUCUGCCCAUCAGCAUAUAGAAGUGUUAUAUAGAUCUGGCAACUGUAGUUUUUGUACUUUUUAAAAAAACAUUUUUUUCCUCGUGGUGGUACUUGCCAGUUGCAUGGUCUGCCUCUCAGAUGAUGCUUGUGGUUGUGAAAGGGGCAUGUGAGUGAACAUGCAUGCUAGAAUGAAGGACAGCUAAUUUGGACUGCCCAUCUUCAGAGUGCUGCUGAAACGCUCUCUUGCUGGCGAAAAAAUCCCUUAAAUAACCUUUGUGUGUGAGAAAGCAGUGGUAUAUUUGUGUAUAGUGUCCUAGUGGUUAAACGCAUGGAUAUUUGUGUAGUUUCUAUGAAUGCAUUUAGAAUAUGUUGCUGUAUAAAACUCCCCAUGCAUGUACACACGUACAUACUGGCAACAAACUAGUCUUGCAGUUGAGUCAUUCUCCCCCUUCUACUACCUGCUACUCAACUCUGUCAGUAUUGGAGGAAAAGGCUAGUACAACAUUGUGUUCCUUAUUUGUAGUUGGCAGAGGGCUGUCUGUGCAGUCUUGUGGUGGAGUCACCAGUGCUCACCUUGCUCUCCUGCUUGGUGCUGCUAAUAAAACUGCAUUUCACUUGAUGUUUACCUGGGCUAUUUGUAUUGCCUUGAAAUCUGUUAGGAAAUAAGAAUACCUUUCUUUUUGUAUAUCAACCCAUCACGUUUCAUCUAGAUUGUAUGUCUAUCAAUAAUUUAGUGACCAGGCUUUAUAAGUUACAGGUGAUACAUAAUUAGAAUAUCGUGCAAAAGUUAAUUUAUUUCAGUAGCGCAACGUAAAAGGGGAAACGAAUAUAUGAGAUAGAAGCUGUGAUUUGUCAUAAGUGCGAUGAUAAUGGCUUACAGUUUAUGAAAACCCCAAAUCCACAAUCUCAGUAAAUUAGAAUAUUACAUGCAAUCAAUAAAACAAGGAGUGUACAUAGAACAAUAUCGGACCUCUGAAAAGUAUAAGCAUGCAUAUGAACUGAUGUACUUGGUUUGGGCCCCUUUUGCAGCAAUUACUGCCUCAAUGCGGCGUGGCAUGGAAGCUAUCCGCCUGUGGCACUGCUGAGGUGUUAUGGAAGACCAGGAUGCUUCAAUAGCGGCCUUCAGCUCUUCUGCAUUGUUCGGUCUAAUCUUUCUCUUGGCAAUGCCCCAUAGAUUCUCUAUGGGGUUCAGGUCAGGCGAGUUUGCUGGCCAAUCAAGCACAGUAAUCCCAUGGUCAUUGAACCAGGCUUUGGUGCUUUUGGCAAUGUGGGCAGGUGCCAAGUCUUGCUGGAAAAUGAGGUCCGCAUUCCCAUAAAGCUCGUCUGCGGAAGGAAGCAUGAAGUGCUCCAAGAUCUCCUGGUAGACAGCUGCAUUGACCCUGGACUUAAUGAAUCACAGUGGACCAACACCAGCAGAUGACAUGGCUCCCCAAAUCAACACAGACUGUGAAAACUUCAUACUGGACUUCAAGCAUCUUGCAGUGUGUGCCUCUCCAUUCUUCCUCCAGACUCUGGGUCCUUGGUUUCCAAAUGAGAUGCAAAAGUUGCUCUCAUCAGACAAGAGGACUUUGGACCACUGAGCAACAGACCAGGUCUGUUUUUCUUUAGCCCAGGUAAGAUGCUUCUGACGUUGUUUGUUGUUCAGGAGCGGCUUGACAAGAGGAAUACGACAUCUGAAGCCCAUGUCCAGGAUCCGUCUGUGUGUGGUGGCUCUUGAUGCACUGACUCCAGCCUCAGUUCACUCCUUGUGAAAGUCCCCAACACAUUUUGAAUGGCCUUUUCCUGACAAUCCUCUCCAGGCUGCGGUCAUCCUUGCUGCUUGUGCACCUUUUUCUUCCACACUUUUCCCUUUCACAUAACUUUCUAUUAAUGUGCUUUGAUACAGCACUUUGGGAACAUCCAACUUCCUUCGCAAUUACCUUUUGAGGCUUUCCCUCCUUAUGGAGGGUGUCAAUGAUUGGUUUUCUGCACAACUGUCAGGUCAGCAGUCUUCCCCAUGAUUGUGAUUCCUACUAAACCAGACUGAGAGACCAUUUAAAGGCUUAGGAACCCUUUGCAGGUGCUAUGGCUUACUUAGCUGAUUAGAGUUGGGACACUGUGAGCCUAGAAUAUUGCACCUAUUCACAAUAUUCUAAUUUAUGGAGAGUGUGGAUUUGGGGUUUUCAUGAGCUGUAAGCCAUAAUCAUCGCACUUAUGACAAAUCACGGCUUGAACUAUCUUGCUUUGCAUGUAAUGCGUCUAUCUCAUAUAUUAGUUUCCCCUUUUAUGUUGCAUUACUGAAAUAAAUUAACUUUUGCACAAUAUUCUAAUUUUUCGAGUAUCACCUGUACUUCCCACUACAAGCCUGGAAAGUCCAUGUCACACACUAGUCACCAAGCCUAAAUGUUUACUUGCCGUAGGCAUUAUAUUAGUAUGUUUUCUUUAUUUAUUAGAGGCAGACAAAAGGCUGAUUAUCCCCUCCUGUUUUGUUUUUUUCCUUUUCAACAAAGUGUCUUAUAUUCUAAAAUCAUAGUCGUUUUAGAAUCAAUGAACUGUUGCUGCCUGUUCUUAAACAAAGGCUUUCUGUUAAAGAAACUAUGAUGGAUGGUAAUCAAACAAAGAGAUCACGGAGCAGAAGCUCUAGUAUUACAGAAAGGAAAUCUGUGAAGAAAAAGAAAUCGAGGUCCAGAUGUAGAAACAGCAGCAGCAGUCCUUCACCUGUUCGGAAACCGACAUCAUUAGCCAAAUAUCACUCACAGUCCCCAGAGUGCCGAAAAAAAGGUGAGUGUAAUCAUGAUCAGCUCCAACCAGGCCAGUGACUUCCGCCCAUGGGUACAUUUUAUGGACCCUUUCACCCUAUAUUUGUUUCCCAUAUAGAACUCUGCCUCUUGUAUGUUAAAUGAUUAAUUUUUAAUUACAUAAGGGGAUCAUUAAAAGGAGUUAAUGGAAAAUAUAGAAUUGACAUGUUUUUGUGAUUCUUGUAAUACGGAGAGGAAAACAAAUUUUCUUGGGAAUUGGGGCUAGCAAUGAAAUGGUACUAAAAUCACUCAAGGUUUUUCAAUAGCCUUUGCAGGUCUUCAGCCUGGUUCAAUUUAAUAUUUUUGUUUCUAUUUUAAUUAUUUUUUUUAAAUAAAAUUUUUGUUAAAUAUUUGUAUUGAAACUGGGCCCUUGUGCUUGAGUUGCCAAACAUCCAUAUUUGGCAGAGGUAGGGCAGUGCACUUGUGGAAACGUUUCACCAACAACAAAGAAAAGGGGGGCUUUUGUAAGCUAUCGAUAUACCCCCCAAUGAAAAAAUGAAUAAUUAAAUGUAUGUUUUCAUUUAGAAUAUAACUACUAUAAAAAAUUUUCAAAAAUAUUAUCUGAACAUAUUCUUAGUGCACAAUUGAUUUCUUUUCGUAAUCAUAUUUGGUUGAAUUACCCUAAGAUAGAUGGAUAUAUAUACGGUAAAUUUAGUAAAAAAAAUUUUAACCAGGAAAUCCAGAAAGUGGAUUAUUGCAAAAUCCCCUCUCUCUCUCUAGUUGAAAACUUUUCUUUUGCAACAUACCAAUAGGUCAAUAAAAACAUUCUAUAGACAUAAUAUUGUUGGAGAGAGAUUUAAGGAAGAAGCAAUUGCAUUUAACCAUCUUUAUUUUGUUAAUGCAUUUUAUUUACAAUGCAUGUACAAAGGUAUCCCUAAAUAUCCCUUUAUAGCAGGUGUCCCAAACAAAUUCACCUGCAUUUAACACAGGUCAUGUCAUCCAGGAAGUGUCUGCAGUCUCACAGUAAAUUCCUAGUCUUCUAAUUCCAUAGCAGAAUUACUGAGAAUUUGCACUUUGCAUGCAACCACUAGCGGGCGCUCAUUCUCUGUUGGACACCUAACCACUCAUGUCUGUAUUUUGAGACAUUGGUUGCGUCUUCUGCUCUUAUUUCAGACAGGCAAAAAAAGAAAGGAAGAAAGAGGAGGGCAAGCACGUCGUCUUCAUCAUCUGGGAGCUCUACAUCAUCGUCUUCGUCAUCAUCAAAUUCCUCCUCAAAUGACUCAAGUGACAGUGACUCAAAAGCUAAACAAAAUCAGCGUCAAAAGAAGAAAUUAAAGCACAGGAAAGGGAAAAAGGGGAAAAAGAAGAAUAAGAAAGUAAAGAAAAGUUCUUCUUCCAAGCUAAAGAAAAAAGAACCCAAAAUCAAAACCCAGGAAUAUCUUCCUGGUCCAUCUCCAGAUUUAUGCCAAGAGGUGUCUGUGAAAGACUCUGGUCCAGGUGAGCUGUAGCAUGCUAAUGACGUUAAUGCUUUGCAUCUGAUGGUAUAGAAUGAAGUCGAAUAUUGUCAGGAGUUUUGGUAAACUAGUUCAUAGAUCUGAUUUUAAGUGACUAAGCUAUAGAAGACUGUUCUGCACAAACCUGAGGAUUCCUAUUAAUGCAGGCACAAAAUUUACUCACAAUAUGAAACAGCCAGCAAAUAUAAUUUUGAAUUAUGUUUUUUAUUUUUUUUAACAACCCUAACUCUGAUCUAAUCACUGUGUUCCAUUGUUUCCAGCUUUGACUGAUCUCCAAAAGACUCGGAUUCAAGCAAUGAGGCCUAUGACUAAGGAAGAGUGGGAUGCACGUCAAAGCGUUAUCAGGAAAGUCCUUGACCCAGAGACUGGGAGAACGAGGUACAUUCUCACUGCCCUGUAAUGGUGGCAUUUGACUGAGUACUACUUCAGUAUUGGUAUCUAGUGCAAGGAAUCUAAUUGUAUAUCAUUGUACUGUUACCUUGCACACGUGAUAUCCGGUUUGCACCAGCAUGCACAAUUCAUAACCCACAUUUGAUAAGGUCACUUUUAAUCUAGUCUGUAAGAUCUGUAGAACGGUAUAUUUUAUUCAUUGGGAGUUAUAUGUUCAAAAUGCAGUAGUGUUUGUUUUAUUUUUGUGCAGGUUUUCCCAAGAAAACACAGUUUUGACCCACACAGUUUUUAACACCUGCUCUGAAAAUUUCUAUUAGUGUGAGAUAGAGAUCCCCAGUCUGUUUGCAUUUUUAGUGUAUGUUCAUGUACACAUUUCUUGUAUUCGCCUUUAAAAGCUGGACAUCCCAUUUAAUGUUUCUGUUUUAACUAUAAUGCAGGUUCCAUAUUUUUGACAAAUAAUUUGGAAAUUUCCCUCACAGGAAAUGACCCACUUUUAAAAGCUGAAUGGAAAAUGUCAGACAGAGGAAAAUGUUGUAGGACAAGAACAACCUUAAAAUAGAACAGAGCACAGCAUGCUUGUGGCACAUUCUCAUUUAAAGGGCAGUUGGCCAUGAGGGAGAUACACAAGGCCUCAUUAAAUUCUUUCCUCUGCUCAUUUCUCCGAGAUAUGAUUUCCACAUCAAUCUCAGAAAGCUUUCAUUUCACUGGAUUCAGUUCCUGCAUAUCCCAAAAACCCCAUGAGAUCUACAAGAGAGAUAUACAUUAUGACAUGCUAUUGAUCAUUAAAAUUGUAAUUGUCUAAGUCAGGUGAAAUUACUAACUGAACUUACAAUCUUGUUUACAUGAAAAUCUUAAUCUGUAAGGAAUAUUUUUUAACUGAUUUAUGGGAAGAAAAUAUAGGAAUUAUCAAAUUAAUAAUGUUUUAACCCCUUAAGGACCAAACUUCUGGAAUAAAAGGGAAUUAUGACAUGUCGCACAUGUCAUGUGUCCUUAAGGGGUUAAAGUGGUUUGAUUUCUGUCCUGAUCUAAACUAUGUACCCUUGUUUUUCCACUUCCUAAUGUUUUGUAUAAUUUCAAGACUGAUUAAAGGGGACGGUGAAGUUCUUGAAGAGAUUGUGAGCAAAGACAGACACAAGGAGAUCAAUAAGGUAGGUUUAAGAAAAUCUAACUGGGUCAAUUUUAGUAUUUUUUCCUAGACCAAAGAUUGCCAUUUGAUUAAUAAAAAAAUAAAAUAGCCUUACAAAGCCACUAUUUUUAUUACAUUGAUUUGUCUGGGAAGGGACACUGUGUUUUGAUGAAAAUGAACAACAAAAUGCCCUUUGAUCAGAAGAUCUGGGGUGAGUGGGAAUCACCUAACUCUAUAAGGAGUGAAGAAUGAUUUAUCAACUUUGUUUCUUGUCUCGUUAAUGAGUUGGUUUACAAGUACAAAAAUAUAGGGCUUUUUGGACAUUGCUAUGUCCCGACAAGGCAGAUUGCUUGCAGCUCCACCGUCACUGCAUUUUGUUACUUGAUAAAAUUAAACAUUUAAUAACAUUUGUCUUUGAAAGCAUUCUUACUUCACAAUUCUUUUUCACACCAGCCUAAGUUUGCAUAGUACUGUGUGUAUGUAUGCACAUUCUAUUUCAACACUUAUAGGGACACUAUAGUCACCAGAACAACUACAGCUUAUUGAAUUUGUUCUUGUGAGUAGAAUCAUUGCCUUCGGGCUUUUUGUGGUAAACUUUGUCUUUUCAGAGAAAAUGCAGUGUUUUACUUUACAGCCUAGUGAUAACUCCACUGGCCACUCCUCAGAUGGCUGCUAGAGGUGCUUCCUGGGGCAGUGCUGAACAGUGUCUCCACCCUCUGCAUGGAGAUACUGAACUUUCCUCAGUAGAGAUGCAUUGAUUCAAUGCAUCUCUAUGAGCAAAUGCUUAUUGACCAGGGCUGUGUUUGCCUUGUGCUGGCUCUGCCCCUGAUCUGCCUCCUUGAAAAGCUCAGCUGAUCCAAUGCUUUCCUAUGUGAAAGCAUUGUGAUUGGCUCAGUUCAACACUUCUGAUGAUGUCAGCCAAGCAGGCAGAUCAGAGGCAGAGCCAGCAGCAGCAGUCUUGAAUAAAAGUAAGAUGUUACUAUAUUUAGGGCGGCAAGGGGUCUAGAUGGUGUUAACACUAUAGGGUCACGAAUACAUGUUUGUGUUCCCAACCCUUUAGUGCUCCUUUAAGGGUCAUCAUCCUAUAAAUACAUAUGAGGAUUCUGACUGGCGAUAUAUAUUUUUUUAAAUAUGAAAUGCUUAUACUUUAUCUUAACUCCUGUCUAAUUUAAUAUAUAUAUAUAUAUAUAUAUAUAUACACACACACGAAUUUUGUGCCUAGUAUAUUGUACAGUAACGAAGAAAAAUAAUGUAAGGGAGCAUGGGCAUAGCUUAAAGGGAUAGAAUAAGUACUAAACAUUACUACUUUUUAAAAAAUUAUUAUUGAAAUGGUUUUGGGCAUAGAUGUUGCCCCUACAGCCUUGCACUUAAACUGCAGAGUUUUUAUUUUGCAGUGCCCAAUAGUGUAGUGGCUGUCAUUCAGAUGGGUCUUCAGAUUAAAAUAGAUUCAGUAAUGAAAUGUAUUUUAUGUCUGAUUUCAGCAUGCUAAGUAUGCUGAUGCUGGGUGUGAGUCUGUGAGAAGCAUGGGAUUGGUGGCUUACAGCAACUGCCGUGUACCCUCAGUGUUUCUCUGUGAGAAGCAUGGGAUUGGACAAAGUUCAUCCAUCUUGAUGAACUUAGCAAGGGUGGGUCGGAAAGUAAUUUAUAGUCUGUUUUAGCUACAGAUCAGAGGUAAAUUUGAGUUAUUUUAACCUUAAAUCAAAACAGAUUGAGGAAUUAGAAUUUAAACAAAAUAAUUUUUUUUUUUUUUACACUUACUGUAAAUGUCUUUUUACUUAGGAUUAGAGGCAGUGCACAGCAACAGAGAUAUCCACCAUGUCUUAACAGGAAAAGGCAGGCUGCACACUAGAAAUGUAAAAUUUAAGCUCCAACUUAUACUCCUUCCCACAAAGUAUAAAACCCCCAAACCAACUCAGAAACCCCAGAAAAUGCACAAUCCACGUAACUGCAAAGAAAUGUGCACUGCCUCUAAUCUUAAUGAAAAAGAAAUUUAAAGUAAGUUAUUACGUCCUAUGAGUCAGCAGAGGAACUAGGUUGCGAUCCAAGACGGCUAGUAAGCGGCAGAUGCCAGAAGUUUCCUUUUUGAGAGGUUUAUGAAAAUUGAGAACUAGCUGCUCUGAGACUAGAAGUUAAGAAUCAGAAUAAUUCUUGCUCUUUUAUUUCCUAAAUAAUUUACUGCAAAAUAACUGGAGAGAAAAUGUAGGCCAGAUGAACAAUCCUAGGGAAUUGUUAGGGCAACCACAUAGUCUGGAUUUUCUGAUUUGAUUGAUAGAGACAUAUAUGGAUAUUCCUGUAUAUUUUUAAAGAUAUCAGGUCUAAUCCUGGAGUUCUGAAUCUCAAUACUAUUCCUUUGAAAAGUUUGAUGGGAGAGACAAACCUUUUUGCUUCAAAUGAGUCUCGUUCAGAACAUCUGCAAAAAAAUAUUGGUUCAUCCUUAGAUAGAACUGCAGAUAAAGAGAGAGAAGGUGACUUCUGACAAGAGCAUCACACUGGAACAUACCCUUGCAGAAAGAGAGAAUGAGUCACUCCUUGCCUGGCUAGAUAUGUGGCUGGUUGCGUUGUCAAUAGACUAUGGAUGAGAAGUCCCUGUAGGUCUUUCCUGAACAUAGGGGAACCCACCAGGUUGUCUUGAGUUCUGGGGAAUAAGAUGACUUCCGCCAAUCCUGGACAGUUCAUAGACCCUUGUUGGGUAUUAUCCCUUAACUGAAAGAUUAGGCUUCCGUGGUGAAUAUAAAGAAUUUUACAAUCUGAUUAAAAGACUGUCUGUGAGAAAUCUACCACUAAUACAAACUCUUUAUUAUGGAUGACCAAAUUUUCAGCAAGAGGUCCAGCGAAGAGUUUAAGUGGCCCCAUUCUGCCAGAAUAUUUCUUUGUCGCCACAUCAUCUAUGCCUUGGUCCAGACUGGAAUUUAAGUGGUAAAGAGGCACAGCAACCUCAUUGCUUCUCUUACAGAACAGAAAUUUAAUUUGAAGAACCAUAAUGAACUUGAAGAUAUUAGUUAUGUUUUCUUCUGGAAGAAAAUCUUUUCUUUGAGCGGAGUUUAGAUGAAACUCAAUAAUGGAAUCCAUCUGGUGGGAACCAAUUCCAAUUUCUCUUGAUUUAAAAUCCAGAUAUGUGAUCUUAGGCCAACAGAGGCUGUUUCAAUGUUUUUGAUAAGCUGUUUUGGAUUGAAUGACUUCUUCAGAUCUAGAAUGGUUCUGAACGAUCCAACUGGCUUAUGAACUAGAAACGGCCAUGAGUAGGUUCCUGAUAAUUAUUCACCCAACGUUGCUUCAACUCUGUUUGCAGAACUUAAAAACAUAAAAAAUGUCUUGGAGUAAGAUGGUACCCAUUUCUUAUAAUAGCGAGGACCGAAUUGUCUCUGGUUAGUUUCUUCCCCUGGAAAAUGAAAGCACGAAGUCUUCCUUCUGCUUUUGUGUCAAAACCAGUGAUCUUUAGUUUUACCAUCGAAAUUUCCUUUUUUCCUUAUUUGUGUUCACUUGGUUGUCUCCAAUUUCUUCUUGUCUGAGGCCUGUGAAACAAAUCUCUAUAUUAAUACUUGUUUCCAUGGAAGAAUGCUUUAUUUCACUUUUUUUUAAUCUUCCGGUAAGGCCUUUAUUACCUCAGACAUCUGCUUUAAAAGAUUGUCCAGUUGAGAUGCAAACAGUAUUCCCUGUUCAAAACGUAAGUCACACAACCAAUUUGUGAGCCAGACUGCUUGGACGUGCUAGAUUUGGCUAAUAGAAGAAUCAAAAAGGAAAUCUGAAGCCAUUCGAAUGAGUAUCUAGAAGCCUUACGAGAUCUUCUUUGGAUUCUCCCAUAUAGAUUUUUCUAGGGAGUCUAGACAAAAAAUGUCUUCUCUACAGAUAUUCUUGCUUACGUUGAACAACAAAUGUGGAGAAUAAUUAUGUAAAGUUGAUUCUGCUUUUGUCAAUUGCAUCCUGCAGCCCACUGGAAUCUUUUUGUGCUUGAAAGAUUCUUGAUCUUUUGUCAAAUCCUUAUCUUCCAUAAGAAGUUGUACUCCGAUAAGUCUAAGCAGACUCUCAUUUAGACAAUAUUUUUUCAUCUGAGAGUGCCGAGUUUACUGAAGAUGAACAAAAAGAGGCGGCUUCUGAACUAGAAUCUAACUUUCCAGUGCUUCCUUUUCUUGCUUUAUUAGGAAUUUUAAAUACCGGCUCAGGAAGCAGAGCUGACUGCGCUUAUUGAAUGGUAGCAGCCCUAAUGUCCAAAAUGGUCUGCUGCAAAUUGUUCUUGAACCAUGAUAAAAAUGAUAUUUCGUCUUUUAAGCUUACUCAGAUGCUUCUCUGGAACAGAUGCUUCAAUUUCUUUUGUAUCUGUAUGGCAUUGGCUGGUACCACAAAGAACACAUCAAAUGCUUUGAUUUUGACAUACAUUAAUCUUUAUCUGAAGUCUCAAGAUUAGCCAUACUAAGGGAAUAAAAGGCAAAUAGAUCAUAAAGGUAAAAGCAAAGUGUCUAACUCAAAUGGCCUCUUGGUGUGCCGGAGGGCUACUGCGAGCACACAGCAAACAGGUAGUUGCAACUGGGAAUAAACAACCUCCAAAGCUUUGGAAAAAUUUAAUUUUGAGAUCACUUUACCCAUCGGGCACUACAGUCUCCCAUUAGAGCGCAUUGAAACUUGUGCGUGCGUUUCGCUGCCAGAGCAUCCCAACAUGUUUGUGCAAUGCACCAUAGCCAUUUCUAGCAUGGAUGUAGGCGGAACUUAUAAAGGAGUGGAACGCAGGUACCCGACAUGCAUUCCCACGCUGAAGAAAAGAGGAGGGAAGAAACAGGCCCACCCAGAGCAGUUCUUCUCUGUAAGAGAGGAAUCCUCCUCGGCCUCAAGCGCCUCACCUCGGCCUCAAGCGCCUCACCUCGCCCCUGGAGAACAUAAAAAUGUGAAUGCCUAUCUAUCCUGCAAUGGAGGUAGAAGACUGUGGUUUUAAAGUUAGUUUGGGGGUUUUAUAACCUGUGGGAAGGAGUAUUAUGAGGAGCUUAACUUUUACAUUUCUAGUGGGCAGCCUGCUUUUUCCUGUCGAAACAUAGUGCAUAGUCCUCUUGUUGUGCACUGCCCUUAAGCUGGAGGGAAAAAAAUAUAUUUACUCAUUUAAAUAUACAGGCUUAUCCACUAAAGUGAUAAUUGAUGGGAAUUCAAGCAGGUUUUUAAAAUGUAGGUUAAAAUAGCUGAAGUAAAAACAUUUUCUAAAGUCAAUUCAAUUAUUUGUUUAAAUUUGAAAUUCACAACAAUUUUCCCUUUUUAUUAAAAUAUAACAAUCAGGGUUAUUCAUUAACGUGUGAUAGGCAGUGGGUUAUGAUAAUAAACAGCAUAGUUAUUUGACCUGUUUGAACGGCAUGGCUGACCAUCACUUCCUGUUACUAUUUAACACUUGUUUUCCCUUUUUAUUACAGCAAGCUACACAAAACGAUGGUCUUGCAUUCCAAAUGAGAUCUGGGCUGAUCUAGCCUCUGGGAUUUCAGUAAUGUCUUCUGGAGAAUAUGUCAAGCACAUGUUUUUGGUGCACCUGUUUGAUUGCAGUGGACUGAUAUUGACUUAAAGGAACACUAACAUCUAUUUACGGUUUAAACCUUUUAAUUUGUGGGGGUAAACAGCACUCUACAUGCAGUUUUCCUAUAUUUCAUAUGUAUGAUACAUUUCCAGUAAAAGGUGAAAACUGAAUGGAAGACAUGGCCUCAUUUAAAAUCAUAGUUAAGCCUCAUGGUAUUCCUGCUUUAAACGAUUGGUUUGUAUGUUUGUGCUCUAUUGAGGUGUGACAAAAACAGGCUUAAAGGCACACUCCGGGUUGGAUCGGACAUUUUUUGAAUAGGGAGUUAAAAAAAAAAAGUGUCCGCUUUUGCUCCCAAUUUCCAUACUGUGCAGCAUCUGAAGUGAGCUGUCAUCAAACCAAGAAGAGUGAUGCUCACAUAUCUAUACCAUUGCCUAGUUUACAAUCCACAAUUCUUUAUGGGUACAGUGAGGAUUUCUGCUUUAGAGAGCUAACCACUGAAGUGAAACUCCCUUGUCAACUCAGGCUGAAUUUGUUUUUUCUUAAGAUUAGGUAAACUGAUUCUACAAAAAGAAACUGGAGGAAGCUUGUCUUAGUUUCAGAUUUUGAGAAUAAAAAAAUCUUUUUAUACAGUUUGGACUGAUCCCACCUAAAAUGUGCUUUACUUAUGCACACAUUUUUGUAAACACUUUAAUCUUUGGAGUAAGGAAAAAUUACAGUUUAUAACCUGAGUUAUAGUGAGGACACAUGACAUGUGUGACAUGUCAUGAUUCCCUUUUAUUCCAGAAGUUUGGUCCUUAAGAGGUUAAAAAAACCAAAACAAACAAAAACUGCGUGCAGGGAGAUGAGGACACAAACCCUUCAUGUGCAAUAAUGAAUACAUGUGGCUAUGGUGCUUAGACUCACUCUUUUAGCGUCUAAAAGCUAGCUAAGCAUCAUGGGAAAUGUCCAAAAACAAUUUAGGGUGUCAAGGUUAGCCAUCACUGCUCUAAUAAGAACUUCAACUGCCUCUGAUCCACAUGCAGUGGCUGGAUCUACUAGCCUUAUACUCAGGGAAUAUCAGACAUCCAGGGCUGAACAUGCAACCACCACGGCUACGGCUUCAGCGGACUCUAAGUAAAGACACUGUUUGAGAGAAGGGAGCCUAAAUGACUGUAUCCUUUACACUGCUGAUGAAAUGUUCACUGUAUAUUAGAGUGCACAUUUUCCUUUGUUUUUGUUUAAUUUUAUGUUUGAAUGCCUUGGUUAUCAUAGUCCCAUUGCGGUGAAGGCUUGUGUAGAUGUAGCAGGGUUCCAUACUAGCAAUGUAUUCAUUGAUGAUGGGAUAAGAAUUUACAAUCCCAGGUGGGAGAAUAUGAUAUGGCCGCAUAUACCUGGGUCACUGAUUCUAUGCUAAAAGUUCACGGAGUAUUCUUGGAAAUGGGAACAUUUUUAAUAGAAGAUGUGGGGUAGGGGACAUUUGAUCCAACCAGGAGAAAUGAGAAUACACAGAGAAACAUACGUCAUAAGCCAGGAUAAUCCCCUGAUCCGAGGCAAGGGAGGGUCUAAACAGAAGGAAGGAAGUUUCUUGGUUUCUGCACUGCAGGAGCUAACAUAAUAUGCAGGGGUGUUCGGCGUAGUGUCUUAAUGAAGAGGUUUCAAGUGGACCUUUCUGAUAUCUGGCAUUUCAGGAUCAGUAGAGGACAGAAGAAAUACAUUCCUGAGGGAUCUGGACAAGGGCUGACCCUCCCUUUUGUACAAUCAUUUGGGGACCAUUUAUGCCACUGGCUCCCAAUUCUGGCCAUAAUAGCUUAGGCUCCAGGGCCACCCUCAUUUUUGACUUUAAGCCAUUUCAGGGAAAGGGGAUGUUCUAACUGGGCUGAGCUUUUAAGGACCACAUGCAGGUGUGGAAAUGGACUCCGGUCCCAUUGGCUCAGCUCACUUAGGAGAUCCCUAUCUCCACCACUACUCCCCGUAGGUCUUGGUGUCUUUAGCUAGGUGUGCAAGGUCCCUGGGCUAGGAUUAGAUCUGGGCGCUGAUGCUCCCCAAAGCAGAUACCUACAGCCAAGUUUUUGGCAGUGAAUUUGUGCAUAUAAUUUAAAUUUUUCUUCCAUUCCAUGACUUGAGAUCAGCGUGUCUUUUGCUAGGUUUACUAUGUCCAGCUAAGCUAAGCUAAUUUACACACCUACCAUUAUCAUAUUCGGACAUGCGUCUUUCAAUUUUCAGGAAAUCUAGACAUGCGAGUCCUAUGCUGUACCAUUGCCAUAACCACAAAACUUCUCAAAUAAAAAGAAAUUUACAAAACGAAGUUGCAAAUAAGAGCAUUAAAAGUCACAAAUGUGCCUCAUUUUUGUUUUCAGUUUUAUAAAGAAAACAAAAUAAAAUUCAAGAGGCAGAGGUGAAAUUGAAGGAAUCUGUUGCUACACAGCAUCUGGAUUUGCAAGCACUGUUCUAAAAUGCACCAUUAUUUAUAUAUACAGGUGGUUCUCGUUUUGCGACCUACCUGUUUUACGACAGCACUUAUGACCAGCUCCCUCGUGGGGUGGUAAGUGCGAGCCGUCAUGGGAAUUAGAGAGAUUCCCUGAUCUGCUGCGUUAGUCUAUGUUCGGGAACAUUUGCCCGAAGCGCACCAGAGCAGAGAAUCCCUUAACUUCUCACUUACUGACCAAUUUGUUCUACGACCGGGUUGUAGGAACGGAACCCAGUCAGUAAGUGAGGAGUACCUGUAACUAAUAAUUUUAAAACUGUGAAUUUCAUGCAAAAUUGUCCACCCAGCCUCCCUACCUGGAGAGCUGGCAUGGACUUGUCCCUGGGGUCCAGUGUUUCGGGCGCCUAUCUCCUUACAACAAGUGGCGAGGGAGCUGUGUCCUCGCUGCUUCCUCUCGCCGCGCGGGUUGUCUGCUGUAGCUCCCGCCAUCAGCAAACGGCACGAGGGAGCAGAGAGGACACAGCUCCCUCGCUGCUUGUGAUGUUGAGAUAGGCGCCCGACGGGGGGUGUCCAUCACCUCUUGCCCCCCCCAUGACAGGGGGAACAUGGGGGAGGAGGAGGGCAUUUGGGGGUGGCAGAGUGCCUGCAGGAACAGCGGGAAUGGUGUUCCCACGCGUUUCUGCAGUACUCACAGGCGUGCCGCAGGGAUUAGGGUGUGCCCAGGCCUAUGGUAAUAUUUUACUAUAUUGGGGCGAGGGGAUGCAUGGGGUAUAGAUAGUGAUUUUAACCUAUAGAGUCAGGAAUACAUGUUUGUGAUCCUGACCCUAUAGUCUUUCUUUAAGGAAACACUUCUUUAUAUUCAGCUGCUUACCUGAGGCCUACAUUCUGUAUGUUAUUACAUAGCGAAAUGACGGAUGUUCCCAUUUCUAAACUGUGAAUUACAGCAGACAUUUGGGAUAGUUUUGUUUACUUCAAAUAAAUAAAACAAGUUAUUAAAAUUGUUGUUGUCAUUGUACCCAGUUUAAGAUUUAAUUUUACAGGCUUGUAUUCUGACAUUUAGUGUAAUACUGAUGGGGAAAAAAAACAACACAAAAUCACAUUUCUGCAACUGUCCACAUCUGUUUAAGAAACAUUUCUCGUCACUUUCACUAAUGUUUGGACAAAGUCUUCUUUUAUUUAGAGCGAUGCUUGCUCUGCUGUAAACAAUUAGUCUCACAUUAGACUCCCAGAUAUCUAACUUAAAAUCAUGUUGAAUCAUUUCUUGGCAGGAUUGUGGCAACUCAUCGACACCUCAUUGUGUAUGAUGCUACAAGAAAGGUCGUUGACUGAUGGAUGGAAGGUUGUGGUUUGCCAUGUUUAGCCUCUUGUCAUAAAAUGUGCUACUAUGUUUUAUUAUGUCUUGAGUAGCCAAGAGUUAGUACUCAUCCAAUUAAAAUAAAUAAUCAUCAGUUUACAGGCAGUAUCUGAAAUCAGACACAGGCCACAUGGCUCAUUUUCCAGCAUGCAUGUUAUUUGGUUUUGUCCUGACAAAUCUAACAUUUUAACCUACACUUGCAUUAUUGUAAAUCCCACAGGAACAGCAGCACCUGGUAGACUUCUGCAAAAACGUGUUCGUCCAAAUGAAAAUCCUUUUAAUCCAAGCACAAAUGAAUUGAUUCUUCAAAGAUUUACCUGUGGACUUUUUCUCAAUGAUUAAGACUCCACCGGAUAAACCAAGGAUUUGGAUUUGGACAAACUGACCGAAAAAAAUGUUGUAUAAGUCUGGUGCCUACCAUGUGUAGCUUUAUCACAUGCUUUGUAAAGUUAGUGUCAAAUGAGGGCCGUGCCUAUGGCUCAUUUGGGAAUGAUCAG